ACCAAUCACGCCUUUGCACUCGAGUCAGAAUGUCAUCCGAUGUAGGCCCUCGGAAGCGGCCGCGGCCGGUCAUCUCGUGCCUCCGCUGUCGCGAGAAGAAGCUCAAGUGCGACCGCGUCAGCCCCUGCGAGAACUGCACCAGGGCCGGCUGUGCGCCGAACUGCGUCUUCCUGCACGGAGCCCCGACUGCGAGCGAGUCUAAGCGCGCAAGGUCCGGGUCUGCUGUUACUCCUGACCACAAUGCCACUGGCACUGGUGGGACGGGCGCAGGGGUUGGGCUGAUUGAGGAUCUGCAGCAGCGGUUGAAGAGGGUCGAGGAGAUGCUGAGUAUCGGCUCCGAGAAGGCGGUUUCUUCCACCGGAUUGCCGGUUCGGCCUGGCACGGUGGGGAAGAGGCAGGUUGCUGAUACUGGCCGGAGGUAUCCUGGUACGCUGGUCGUCAAGGGGACGAGGACGCGGUACCGCGGCCAGAACGACCGGAUGGCGUUGAUUCAAGAGUUCGAGGGCGCAAAGGACUUGGUCGGCGCGUGUACGCAGGACGAUGCGAUCUUCAGAGUCGCGAAGGAGGUCCAGUUCUUGCAGCGUAGGUCCACGUUGCCGGUUGAUACCCCAGACUCACAGCCAGACCUGGACGCCUCUAUAGAGUUACAGCAGAUGGAACAGAACAUGCCGCCCAUGGAGGUCUGUGACAAACUGAUGGGGACGUAUACGACCAACUUUGAAGACGCCAUGCGCGUCUUCCACAUCCCGACGCUGUACCGGCAGUACACCGAGUUCUGGAGCAAUCCUGACCGGGGAAGCGAGCAGUACAACAUGUUCGUACCGCAGCUGACGGUUAUUAUGGCUGCGACUGUGGCUCUGGUAGAUGAGGAUUUCCACCAGGCGUAUCCAGCCGUUGUUGAAUACCUGCAGAAACCUGCAAUCAAUCUCGUCCGGUCAUGGCUGUCGAAGCUCUCCCGGAAGCAGCGGACAGAGCUCACCAACCUCCAGACAGAAACCCUGGCACUCUCAGCGCGCCAUAUGCACUUUGAGACCCCAGAGGAGGUCUGGCGGAACACAGGGGCUCUCGUGCGGUCGGCGAUGGUAAUGGGUCUGCAUCUGGACCUGAGUGCAUGCACCGACCUGUCAGUCUUCCAGAAGGAACUGCGGCGUCGACUGUGGAUUACAGUCGUCGAGCUUGACUUGCAAUCAUCCAUCUUGUCCGGCAUGCCAAUAACCAUCCCCGACAUUGACUUCACUCCGCUGAUGCCACUAAAUAUCUGCGACGUCGACUACCACCCAGACAUGACCGAGCUGCCCCCUGCAAAGCCAUUCACCGAAUGGACAGACACCCUCACCCACAUCACCCUGGCCAUGUCCCUCUCAGCACGCAUCCGCGCAAUGGCCAUGGUACAAACCCCCGGCCCAAACCUCGACCUCGACGACGCAAUGGCGCAAGGCCGCCGGAUAGCCGAAUGCCUCGACCAGAUCCCACCUCCGCUUCGCCUCGACCCCCCAGCCAUCCCCGACGCACCAGCCCUACAACUCUUCAACCGCGUCCGUCUAAACCUAUACAUCCGCCGGCCGUUAAUAAGUCUUUACCGCUCCAUCAUCAAAAAAUGCGGCGCCGCCGAAACACCGCCAGAGGUGUGGGACAUCCUGCUCAACUCCUCCCUCUCCGUCCUCUCCUACCAGGACUACUUCGACCCCACUGUCUCUGACAUCGACUACCAGAACCUCCCGGGCUAUUGGCAGCUCUUCCAGGCUUUUUGCCGCAACGACAUCCUGCAGGCGGCGCUAAGCGUCUGCGCAUACAUGAGGCUAGCGCCUAGUCCCUGGCGCGCACCACAUAGUAAAGCGAAUCUCAUCCGUGCUGUUGAAAGUGCUAUUGACGGUAUGGCGCGCACGACGGAUCGACCAGGCAGCGAGUUGAAAGAUAUACUGCUUCUGUCUGUGGUUCUGAAUCUGAUCCGUGCGCGUGGAUCCGAGGAGAACCAGAGGGAGAUUGUUAAACAGGGCGUGUUGAAGGCGAUGAUGACUUGUCGGGCACAUCUGGCUUCGACGAUAGAGAAACCGCAGCAGCAGCAGUAUGUGCAAGAUGGAGUACAGAAUCAGAUCCACGUUCCAGCUCAGAGUCAGGUUCCGGCUCAGGUUCAUACGCAGAUGCCUCAGUCGGCUCCACAGAUGCACCCAUCCCAGCCUAUAUUCACGCCGCAAGGCCCGGCCUACCCGUCUGCGUCUAUGGCUGAAAUACCGGACUUCCUAGGCGACGACCCCGUGCUGGCCGCGGAGUUUAACAACUUCAUGGUGAACCCGUUCGGGUUCGACGACGGGACCGUUGGGGCAUAUUUCGGAAAUGCCUAGUCGUUGAAUAUGUUCAGUAUACAAAAUAUAUAUGAGAAAUGAAAUGAGUGAUGAGUUGGAUUGUACGGGGUACGG